AUGGAGGAACAACAGCGAAAGUUGCUGUUUCCAGUGUUGAAUAAACUCGAUGCCCUGUGCACACAUCUUCUGCUCGAGGGACAAGUCUCGGCAGCAGAUGAAAAAGCUGACGAAGCAACGUCGGGGGAAAUAUGUAAUGGCAGCUUUAGCGGGGAUGCUAAUUCAUGGGGCUGCUGCACGCUUAUGCCUUUGGCUCUUGAGUAUCUGACAGGAAAACAUGCAGCAGGGGAAGGAGCACAGUCCUCGGGCGGACCGCUGCUAGGAAACGACCCUGUUCUAGACAACUCAGAGGAAGAGACGCUGCGGCGAAGGCGUGACAGAUUCAUCCAAGGCAAAGAAGGAGAAUCUUUUUAUCAUAUGCUUGCGCAUUUAUUGUCGAAAACAUUGGGCAUCGGCCCUGUUCCUCAGAGAAAUUAUUCUCUCUGUCGAGAACUCUCUCUGAGAACAGCGCUAGAGACGAGAGACACGGACAAGCUGCAUGCAGCAGUAAGUGAUGCAAAGUUUUCUGGAGGUGGGGCGGCGGUGCAUGAGAGCAAGAACACGGACCAUGCAGGGGAAGCGAAUGCGGAGAAGGCGUCACUGGCUCUACCUUCAGAUGAAGAAGUUAAGUAUAUAGAACGGCAAAUCGGGAGGUUUCCAUUCGGAUUGCUGUCUGUAGCGCGAAGAAGAAAAGACACAAACCCCAUGACGCAGAAGCUUUCUUCAUCCUCUUCGGAUACGCAUGCGGCUUUGCGAGCAAGAGGCAUUCCGCAGGUUCUCCUUGUUUCUCCUUUGUGGGUUGGCGAUCUUCUGGAGAAAAAAAGCUUUCGGGCUGCUCUUUCGUCUGCCCAUAGUCCUAAGCCUAGGCAGCGGCUUCUUCAGUCGCUGCUUAGGGUGGAAGGCUUUCUUGGAGCAGAAGAAGAAGAAGCUACAGAGGAAGCCGCGCCUACAGAGGCACGAAAUCUGGACACUGUUGGCGAACUGACGCCCUUCCCUACUACGUUUUGGUUGUCAGAUCCUGUGCUAUGCGCAAAGAUUUCGGAAGUGGAAACUACAGGUUUUGUGAAGGAGACGGAAAGCGGAGUUCUUAGGAAGGACAGCGCGUUGCAGCGAAAAGUUAUUGAAGACAACAUGCGCUUUAUUGCUUUGAGAUGGCUCCUCCUCCCAAAGUCGGUGCUUUCGCACUUCUACUCUGCCAACAAGAGGUGCGCCCGAUGCAGAAACGAAAUACCAGAGGGGAAGUUUUCUAGGCUUGGGAAAUUGGAAGCUAUCGCGACACAGAGAGAUGCAAACUGCUCACGAAACGAGGACGGAAGCGAAGGACGGAAGGAAUACAGAGCUCAAGGGGCAGAACCUUGCAGGGAAUGCAAAGAAUGCGUGAUUUGCAGCUGUAGACUCUGCAACUUGCUGGAAUGCCAUCGUUUAAGGGGCAUUGGGGGCUUAUUAGACUUCUGCAGGGUGCGCUGCAUUCACAUGCAGUACGCAUUUCACCUUAUUUGCCCGACAACACUGGGAAACCUAAUUGAGGAGCGAUUUCAGCUCUAUAAGUGGGCUGGAUAG